UAGCAGAUCCCCUUCCCCUUGUCUCUUUCUGUUCACAGUCACAGCAUGGACCUUUUCUCCAACUUUAUUUCGGUGUUUGAGUGUUAGUUUCCCGUUGCCUUUGGAUUAACGGCCAUCGUCUGGAUUCCGUGAAUCACCUGGACACCAUGUUUACCACCACCGGCUCCCGGGGCCUGUACAAGGCUCCUCUGUCUAAAGGCCUCCUGCUGGUUCUCAAUGGGUUGACUGUGAUGCUCACCCUGCUGCCACAGUACCAAGAGCUGUUCAUGUACAACCUGCAGGCUGUCACACAGCAGCACCAGGUAUGGAGGUUGUUGUGCGGCAGGCUGGUCUGUCUAGAUGUGAAGGACUCCUUCUGCAGCAGCCUGCUCAUCUACAACUUUAGAAUCUUUGAGAGGAGGUUUGGCACCAGGAAGUUUGCCUCCUUCCUGUUGGGAACGUGGUGUCUCUCUGCGCUGAUGGACUUCCUGCUGGCUCAGGCUUUCCAGUUUCUGUUUGACUAUGAGGUGGAGGAACUGCCUGCAGGACUGCUCGCUCCAGUCUUCUCUCUGUUUGUGCCUUUCUACCGGUUGAUCCCCAGGAUGCCGGUCACCCAGGUCCUGGGUCACAUCCACAUUACCAACAAGUCUCUGGUCUACAUAGUAGGCUUGCAGCUGCUGACUUCAAGCCCCUUCAUGUGGCUCCUUGCACUCAGUGGCCUGAUCUCAGGCGGACUGUACCACUCCAACGUCCUCUGGUUACAGAAGCUCCUCUUUGUGCCCGCCUGGGUGUCUUGUAUUGGACGGUAUAUUCUGGAGCCCGUCUUCUCAAGCUCCCAGCCGAGCAGUGAGACACCCCUGGGGAUGGGUGCCACUCUGGACAUCCAGAGGCAGCAGAGGAUGGACAUGCUCGACCAGCAGCUACUGCUGGCCCAAUACAACGAGUCCAGGAGGAACGCCAGACAACAGCAACAGUCUGGGUUGUUACAGUGGACCAGGUUAUUCCCCUCCCUGAGACACAGAGGGCAGAACCGACCCCCAAUGCAGCCCCGCCCCCAGGCUCAGUCACACCCUUCUACACAGCCUCUAUUGGACAACUCUCCUGUCGCAGAGGAGCAGGUUGCACGGUUGGUGGAAAUGGGCUUUUCCAGGAUCGAUGCCCUCGAGGCCCUCAGAGCUUCAAACAACGACAUCAACAUGGCAACCAACUUCCUCUUGCAACACUGAGAGCGAGAGCCCAGUGAGAGAAACAGAGGUGAAUGAGGACAGAGAGAGAGAGAAAACAGGAGGAGAAGUAACCAAAGCAGAGGAGCAAAUCAGAGAAUGAGAGACAGAGAACGAUGGAGAAUUUGUACAGAUAAUCUGAAGUCGGCGCCGUUGCUUGCUGAAGCAGCCGCCAGGCCGACUCAACCUGAAACGAGCCUGAUUACAGGCUGAUUAAUGAAGAUGUGUGAAGCACAAAGUCGGAGACAUUUGCGUCAUAGCUUUCUGAUGACCGUCGUAGUGUGAAACAGGCGUCGUUGCUCGAGGCAGACGAGUUUAACUCCUAGGGGUUCCCGAUGAAAAAAAAUAUACAGAAACCAAACAGGAGUAUUCAGCGCAGUGGAGGAAAUGUAAAGUGGGUUAUUUCUUUAAAACAGACCUGAUGCUGAAGCACACAAAUCAGCUGAGAUCCCACCAACCCUCCACAGGGAUCCCAACUUAUAACUGUGUGACAUAGAGUUUUAUAUAACCCACUGUCAUGUACUGCCACUUUACUUCCAAAAUGGCUACUGUGUAACCAGCGUCUUAGACCCUGAUAACUGGUUAGAGAGAAGUAUGGCAUGGAAAAGCUGCACAAGGUUUUUGAGUGAAUGGGUGUUAUAUCAUCUGUCAGGUUUCCAUAUUGUACUAGGUAGAAGAUUUCAGGCUCUUGGAUAGGUUUUUGUUUUUCAUUGAGACAAUAGGAAACAGGAACGCAGUACCUGCUGGAAGUCUGUGUUAAACUCCACGAGGAAGUGCAGAGGUCAUGAUUACAACUUUAGAAUUUAUGAGUAAGGAAUCCGUGAACAAUAUAAACUACUUCACCACACAGUUGUUAUGUCUUUAUGUUGGCAGUGUUUCAUGGAAGUAGCAGGGCUCAACCCUUUUCCUGCUUGAGCUGUUGUAACAAAGCCUGACUGACAGCUACCACAAGAGCCAAACUUCUUCCAUUCGUAACUCCACAAGUACAUCGUUGGUGACACAGCUAUCUCAGGGUCUAUGAGGCGACUUCUUCUGUUAAUGACAUAAUCACAUUUACAGACAUGAGUGCCCGCACACACACUCACUCACACACACGCACAGUAGCCCCUCGAGGAGGUCACGUUUCACACCCUCGACUGCUUGUCGUCAUUUCAUGCACUCACUCCUCAAGGUUUUAUUUAUUCUGUCUUAACUGAGUCUUUUCUCCGCCAGCACACGUGUCUAUGUCAAAGCAAGUCUUAAAAGACAGAUGAUAUUUAUUAUGCAAUAUCAUAACAAGAGAAAUGUACGGUGACUAUGCGCCGCAUAGGAACGACUCUGUGUAUAUAAGCGUGCAAAACAUUUUGUGCAAGAGAAGCAACAUUGCAGCCACUAUGUAUUGAUGUCAAAGACAGAUGCUAGUUUUAUAUUUUGUGCGUAAUAAUAUUGAUAAUAUAUGACCACUGAGAUGAGUCUGUCAUUUGUGUGUAUGUAUUUUUUAGAGUGAUAUACUAGCAUAUGGGUGUGAUGAGGGAGUUGUUGCAUGGACAACUUUUUGAUGAACUGUAAUGAAUCAUAAUUGAUCUGUGGAAUAAAUCAUCACUUGCAGACUGAA